AGUAUCUCCCUGGAAUUACCUUGAGCUCGACUAUUCGAAAUAAAUUCCCUCAGUACGUGGACUCAUGAAGAAUUAUCGCUGGGAAUCCCUUUCGAAGAAAGCAACAUAAAAAAUGCAGAUUCUACUGGGGCAACAAAAAUAUCUUCCACGAAAAACAUACACUCCUCGUGGAUUAUUCAUCCCCCACUGUGUGCAGUGCAACUAUCAUUAAUAAUAAUGGGAUAGUGGAAAAGGCUCUGGACUCUAGAGUCUAGACUGCGGAAUUCCUGAGCGAUGGAAGCAUUGAGGACCGACACUUGGUCACCAGACACGACGUACGCCCUAGGAUAUUACAGACUCUUAGGAAGAUCUCUUGGAAUAUGGCCUCUGGACUCUGCACGAUUCGCACCGACAGCCAAGAUCUCCUUCGUCAUAUUGACGCAGUUGUGGAUGUCCACAACCCUUACCAAGAAAUUGUUAUCAAAUGGAAACUGCGGAUCCGUGACUGACACAGUCGAUGCCCUGAGUCUCGUCUUCUGUGGAUUCCUAACAGUCAUGAAAGUGGCGAUUCCCAGAGUUCAUCGUGAAGAUUUUCUGGCAGUUGUCAAUUCAGCUGUCAACGACUGGUCAAUGGCAACCACUAAAUCGCGACUUGUGAUGAUAAAAUAUGCGCAGAUGGGACGACUCGUCUUCGUCGUGCAGAUGUGCGGGGCUUAUGCCGUGGGCUUUCCCCUGGUUUUCCUGAGAUUGCCAAUUUUCCGGGGAUUGUGGAACGAUCUGGAAAAUGAGACAUUCCGAGAGCUCCCCAUAGGGCCCAGCUGUUGGGUAUCACAGGAUCAGAGUUCUUAUCAGUAUUGGGGUGAAUUUAUUCUUCAGUCUGUGGCACUCUUCAUCGUAUGCACUGCGUACAUCGGUUGCGACGCUUAUUUCUUCGGGAUUGCGAUGCACGUUUGCGGGCAAUUUAAAUUGCUGGGGGAAAAUCUGGAAAAUUUGGAAACGCGCGAUGAUCAGGAGAAGAGGAGGAAAAUCCAAGGAUUCGUCAGGAGACACAAUCACUUGCUCCAGUUGGUUUAUAAUUUUGAAGAGAUGUAUCACGUCAUCAUCCUCGCCCAGGUCGGCGUCGACACUCUCCUCAUUUGCAUAUCAGGAAUUGCUCUGCUGAUGAGUCUGGACUCCGGCGAUGCGGUCUUGAUAUCAUGUCUCAUUAUAAGAAUUUAUCUAGUCUAUGUACAGCUCUUCAUGUACAGCUAUGUGGGAGAAAAUCUGAGUUCCUACGCUGAAACACUUGCAAUUAAUGUUUAUAACAGUCCCUGGUAUGACAUGCCACAGGAUAUCAUCAAAGACAUUAAAUUCAUCAUCAUGAGGACUAAUUAUCGUUUCAAUUUGACCGCUGGUAAAUUAUAUUCCAUGAAUAUAGAGAACUUCAGGACCAUGGUUACGAAAAUUGCAUCAUUCUUCUCAGUGCUGAGACUCGUUUUCCAGGAAUCCCCGUAACUCCUGUUAAAUCUUUCCAAAUUUGCCCAAAAUUCUACAAAAAUUGCAAAACGUGCUAAACGAAGUGUUUAUUUCAC